UUUGGAAGGAGCUCCCAUGGAAUCCUAAGCAGUCAAGGCCAUAAAUUCUCUCAGGGGUAAAUAAACCCUCCCUGGGGGCUAGACAAUGGACGCGUUGACUGUACCUGAAACUGCAAGGAGGACUUUGGUCCUUGAAAGAGAAACCUAAUAUAUGUUCCUUCAUCUGGAAUUUCUGGACCAGCUGUAAGAACCAGCAGACUGAAGAAGGAACCCCGAAGACUCACCAGGACCACAAGUAGGUCUGUGGAGUGGACAGAGAAUUCACAUUUCUAGCAAGUGCCCUGGUGAUCCUGAACCUGCUGGCCUGGAGACCACAUUUUGAGAUCCCCUACUCUGCACACCAUGUCCACACUGGAGAGUGGAACCAGCAAUGUGCCCGGUGCUCAUGCCCCAGCAAGUGUCCAUGUCAUCCAGCCCCGGUAUCCGGUGACUUCAGAAAGCCACAAGCAACCUUCGGGGUUAACCACUUACCCACCCUCCAUGACAGUGGUCCAGUGUGAUACAGGAAGAACAAACUUAGCGCAGCCAUUCCUAGUGUACCAGAAUGCAGCGGGGGUGACCGGUGCACAGGGCCAGCUCACCGUGCUCCAGCCUCCAGCAGGAGGGCCCGGUUUGCAGACUUCGCCUGGAGUGACCCAGUACCCACUGGGAACAGCCCGUGUCCAGACCCUGCCUGGAGACCCUGAGAAUCCUGCCAUCGCCAUCCCCGGGCUGACCCCCACCUCAGGCCAGUCCCCGUCGAACAUGGCAUGGAACAUGUCAUUUGCAUCAUUUCCUGCAUUUGAUCCCAAGAAAUUCAUCAAUGAUGAGGUCAGAACAUUAGGGGCCAUCCAGAUCAUCAUUGGCCUGAUGCACGUUUUCUCUGGGAUCAACCCUCUGCUGUAUUCCGAUCGUUCUGUGACUGGAAUGUCAGGGUAUCUGUUCUGGGGAGGAUUAUCCUACAUUGCCUCUGGAUCCCUGUCUGUAUUGGCUGAGAAGGACCCCAGCCCAUGUGUGGUGAACGGCAGCAUCGCCAUGAACGUGGUCAGUGCGGUCUUCUCCCUGACGGGCAUCUCCAUUUUCAUUCUAGAUAUGUCCGUUCCAAGGGAGAUUAACAUGAAGGCCUACGUGGGUAGUCUCCUGCCCUUUGUCCUCUUGGAGUUCUUCCUCACAUGUGUGGUCUCGCAUUUUGGGUGCCAGGCUGUCUGCUGGAGACGCUUUGAGAACAUGACAAUAGGUUCAAGCAUAUUCAGCUUCAACACAGCCAACAUGACCGCCAGCCACAUCCACACUCCUGACAUCCCUGUCAACGCAGCCACCAGCCCUGCCAACCCUACCACCAGCCCUGCCAACCCUACCACCGGUCCUGCCAAACCUAGCUGCCCUGACAACGUUCCCCCUGAACCCAUGUACCAAGAUGUACCUGAUUAUGGUCGGAGAUAGACGUGGCAGGUGUCUAUUCCAAGUCUCAGGAGGAGGCACUGCAGAAGAAAGACUCCUUACUUCCUGAACCUCCCAUGACCUUGACCCUAGCUUCAUUGCUAGGCCAGUAUCAACCACCAUCUUCUCCCCUCUUUAUUCCUAAACCUGAUUUUUAUUUGUUACUAAUAUUUUUACUUCAUACAUA